UGCUCUAUAAAGUUUUAUCCUGGAAGGUGGGAUCUCUCGCAUUUUUCUCCCGGAGGAGGGAUCUUUGUCCAGCCCUUGGAGGGAGUUUUAUUGUUCAAUGUAUACCUCUGAUUUUGGAGAAGUAGUUAAAACAUGGUAGACAGGGAAGAUAGACAGGGAUCUGAGCCAGGAUCCGUUGAAGUUACUAUUUGGAUUGGAGACCACCAAGAAGUCCAGAUUAUAAACUUGCGUGGGAAUUUUUUUUUAAAAAAAGAAAAUCCCAGAAGGCAUGGCCAAUUAUUUCUGUACUGCUGCCAAGAAAACAUGCGCAGAGCAUGGAGAAUGAUGAAUUUCCGUCAGAGGAUGGGAUGGAUUGGUGUGGGACUGUAUCUAAUAGCAAGUGCUGCAGCCUUUUACUAUGUCUUCGAAAUCAAUGAGACUUACAAUCAACUAGCACUGGAACACAUUCAACAACCCCCAGAGAAAUUUAAACAAGAAAUCAGUUGGAUGCACUCCUUAAAAACACGUCUUCUCUCUGUACCCUUUUGGCUAUGGGCCAUUAUCUUUUUAAUACCUUAUUUACAAAUGUUCUUAUUUCUUUACUCAUGUACGAGGGCUGAUCCUAAAACAGUGGGCUACUGCAUAAUUCCUAUCUGCUUAGCUGUGGUUUGCAAUCGUCAUCAAACAUUUGCAAAGGCCUCCAAUCAAAUCAGCAGACUGCAGCUUAUUGACACGUAAGGAAAUCAAUGUGGCUUGCCCUGUCCCCUUCCCCGGUGGCUGCUUUUUGAUAAGUUGAAGAUCAAUUGAAUAUCUGAAAGGAACUUGAAUUUUUUUUCCUCAACGUUAACCUCUGGACAGAGCACCUACCAACCUUCUAUUUUUUUUUUUAACAAGAUGAUUUUUUAACUGUUGAGGGGGGUAUUCUAUUUGGUGAAAAGUUCUUUUGAGAACAGAGGGUAACGUUCUUCAUAUUUGCCUUACAAAGCAGAAUUUCUACGCUCCAUCUGAAGAUUUUAGAGUAAAUAUAUAUUUGAAACCCUAAUUCACUGUGCAUCCUUCAAAAUGUCAAGUUUCCUAUAAGGGAAUUGCUGAAAAUUGACUUUGCCUAUGUUUAUGUGUAAACUUUGGAAUUAUUAUAAAAGUGGCAUUGAGACAUUGUCCUUUCUUCUUUGAUGAUGUUGCACUAAAUAAAAUGAGAUUCCUUUUGCAUACAUCUUUAAAGAAAAUUAUCUUUUUAUUUGAUCAUAUAUUUUACUUCUGCAUAAUUUCUUUAAAAUGUAAUGCUACUCAUGUUUCAAAAACAAGUUGUUUAAUAUUCCAUUCUCUAAUCAAGUAUCUGAAUCAUUGCAAAGAUAAUAAAAUGCAUUUCAUACAAAAUAACUAGAACCAAACUAAAAUCCAGUCUACAGGUCUCAGUUGCAAUAUGCUGAAUACUAUUUCUGAGAACUGUAAGCUCACAGACACACCAUUGGGAAGGUUAUUUGGGUGCAGAAAUGGGGACACAAUGGAUCUUCAGAUAAUAUCUAACUAAAAAUUCCAUUUUUGAUAACUUGAAUAAGUAGAAAUUGAAGCGCAAGAACAGAAAAUUCCCCAUUAUCAGUUUUUAAUCCUUGCAAAUAACAACAUACAUUUAUACUAUUCAAAAUUACUACCACUAAAAUAUGUGUGUAUCUGACUCCCAACUCUGUUACAAAUAAAAUAUUAAAAACAAGAAAAAUACAUCAAUAAACAAAACAACAACAACCCUCCUCCAGGUAUGAACAAAAAAAAGAAGGCAACAGUUAAAUAAAAAAAAAUAUCUUUAGACCAGAACUGUAAACUGAGUAUCUCAGAAAAAAUCUACUCUAGUUCUCAUGAAGAUAAAGGGAAAGGGGGAAGUACAUUCAGACUUUUAAGAUUCUGUUACUAUAAUCUUACAGCAAAAGGAGCAUUAGCAUGCAGAAUCUUGGUUUCCAAGCCUAUGGUCUACCUUGAAGGGCUAAAACAGUCUUGGCAGUCUCAGUAUGUUUACUCUCUUCCUCCAUCUGCUUGCCCUCUCUUCUACUUCUCCAGCUCAUCUAGUUUGGCUUUCCUUUUUCUAGUUCAAAAGCUUGGUGGGGUGAAGUAUGCUAACCUGGCUUUCUAAGGACCUUGAAAAAAAAAAAA